CAGUAAAAUAGUGGAACAAGGAAAGAAACAGAUGUUGCAGCACAGGAGUCCGCCUGAAUUGAGCUGGGAACUGGUAGCAUCUCAGAAAGCUGAUACAUGCAUACCCACAGGUACACCUGUAAUUAUGUGAACUUGUUUGUGAUGGAAACGAUGUGGACAAAUAUAGUGGGUGGAAAGUAUUUGCAAAUACCUUGAUAUAGAUGGCUGGGUUGUGGAUGUGGAUUUAACAAAGUGUACAAAUCUCAACUCAGUGAUACACAUGUACCCUACAAUAUCGGAAUGCGAAAUGCGAAAACAAACCUUGAAGCACGGUCAACAAAGCAAAUGGAAUUUAACUGAAAUAUGUGUGAACUAAAUUGAAAAAGAUGCCGAAAAUCAACGAGAUCAAUGUUAACCGACAGCAAGCACUGGAAAUACCAAUGUGAACAUAUGAUGUUUCAUUAACGUGGGUUUAUUCAAAACGCAAACAUGAGGAUAAGUCUUCGGCCCAACCAUCGACCAGAGGUCCUUAUUGGGGCGGCAAGAGCUACUUUGUAUAUACACAAGCGAUUGGUACUCGUGCUUUCGAUAUUAUUUGGAAUAUUUAUGAUUGUGUAUGGGAAGACUUUAUUUCAUAUAACGAAGGAGUUCAUCACACACUCUAAUUUUAAUUUCAAUCUCUGCAAGAGAUUUCACCAGACAACGCAUGCGGAAACUAGGCAAUCUUCAAUCCCAAAGGUGAUACACCAAGUCUUCCUCAAUGCUUCUGAUGAUAGUGAAGGGUAUUUUGAACUGUAUAAACCGUAUCGAGAGUCUUGGAGGCGAAUGAACCCUGGGUAUAGAUACAUUUUAUGGAACGAAACAAUGGUUGUGAACCUGAUAAACACCAGCUAUCCCUCUGUCAUGCCCUUGUAUAAGAGAUAUAAAAAUAUAUGGCUAGCACGGGCAGAUAUAGCCAGGUACGUUGUUGUGCAUUUCAUGGGUGGUGUUUAUGCCGACAUUGACAUCGAGUGCAAAAGACCAAUGGAUCUAUUGUUACAAGAAAUUGGUGAAAAGAAAGUGGCAUUGAAUUACUCAUAUAAUCCAUUCGGCAUUGCAAAUGACUUUUUCAUAUCUAGUAAACAUCACGAGUUUAUGGCCCAUGUUAUAGAUGGCCUUGCUGAGGCGGAUGUAUUGUAUUUCACCCCAUACAUAAAUACAAUGUUUAGAACAGGACCAAUGUACCUUCUAGGAAGAUAUCUUAAUUACAUACACCAAGACGACAUAUUCAUUCUUCAAAAAUCGCAAGUGUAUAUAUCAAAUGACAACAAAGACACAUCCGUGCAUGGCAUAGAUGGAAGAAUUAUACACAUAAUAUGGGCAUCUAUAGAUUCAUUACAACUAAUAAGUGUAAUAGUCAUGAUAGUGUUCAUCGUACGUCUGAAUAAGCUGCUUAGUGUUAGAAAGAAAUUGAUACACAAGUCAAAAAGUUCUGUGUAUUUGUAUGAGAAUUAUUCUAAACUUUCAAUGUCACCAAUUAUGGAAGAAGAACCAUUGUAACAUAGGAAAUAGAUAGGAUAUUAAAGUAAAUGUCUAUACUUAAGGAUGUUGACCUAUACCUGGGGCCAAAGAUAAGUGUUUGUACAUUAGUUUCAUCCUACAGUGAUUAAACUAUAUACCUUUGAGUUAAAUGGUAAUGGCUGAUAAUCAUUUUAUCACUACCAUUGAUGUUAAGAACGGAAUAAUGAUUAAUAGUGCGUUUUAUUAUGUUUCGUACGAUAAUCGUUUACUAAUAUUUAGUGUUCGCUAAAAUUGAAUGUAUAGAUACAUUUUGAUCACGUUUCUCUGAAAAUGAGUAGCAUUUUCCUUAUCCAUGUGUCACCACCAUUAAUGUAAAGAACGGAUUCAUGGUUAAUAGUACUUAUUAUUAUGUUUCAUGCGAUAAUCGUUUAAGUACUAAUAAUUAGUAUUCGCUAAAAUUGUUUGUGUAAAAUAAUUUCGAUCGCGUUUCUCUGAAAAUUAGUAGCCUUUUCCUUAUGCAUAUGCUUACAUUCUCAACACCCCCGUUUAUUCGUAACAUAUGUGACGCUGAUAUAUCUAUGUGUAAAUAUAACACAAAAAAACUAUUAAGUGUAAUAAAAAAAAGUUCUGUUCUGUUCUGUUCUGUUAUGCAUACACUGGGGUGCCGAGGAUGUAUGUUUAGGGUUGUGACGAGAUGCUAACAAUCGGUGACCGGACUCAACCGCAACUCCAGUAAAACACAUUUGUGUUAUUAAUCAAUUAUCCUGUUUUGUGUAAUGUUAAGGCUAAGUAAAUUUGCGCCAAGGCGACAUGUUGUCUUGAAUGUAUUGAAUGAUUUUUCAAUUAACAUGCUAUUUGUUUAACCCCAUUUGUUAAUUUUGUACGUGCUAUGUCAAUAAACAGACACUUGUUG